AUGGCAGAAGGAACUGAUUGCCGAUUUCAUGGUUCCUUUCAGGUUAGGAGAGAAAGUGCAGAAAAAAAAAGCUUAAACGAAUUCAAAAAUCAUAUUUUAUAUAGAACGAAGGGGGGAAUUGACACCUUGCGGUCCAACAGGAAAAACAGUAUUCCUAGACAAGUUUCAACCGAUACCAAUUAUUACGGUUUACGAUGCUUGGUGUCUCCUUUGGAAUUACGCGCAUCGGCCCUCAAAGAAGAUGACGCAAAUCAAAUAUCUUUACGAGAGUCAGGAACACUUAGCACAGAGUAUAACGAUAGUACAGCCAGAUCCAAUAUUGCAUCCGACAACAGUGAACCUCACAUACUCAAAUCAAGUAUCGAAACGGAAAGGCAAAGAUGUGAAAUUCAUGAUGGGUUCGUCGAUUCGUUGCCAUCCAACAGUGAGAAUGGAGGUAGUAAAUACAAGGACGGAGAAAAUACAGAUAUUACGUUGGGCAAAGAACAAUCAGUUCCCUGGGAGCCGAUGGUUGGAAAAAGAUUGUCCCCAGGAAAACGUGUCGCCUUGUACACGCGGACCAGUAAAGGAAAAUCAAUUACCGAAAAUCCUACAACCAUGUCUCAAGUGCAAUUAUGUGAAGGAAAAAAUGGAAGAACGUCGCGUUGCAACGAUUCGCUCAUAUUAGUUGAUGCAUUUAAAGAUAAUUCUCGUAUUGCAACCUUGGUUAAUUAUGAAGUUCUUGAUAGUGAUCCUAAAGAACUAAUUUAUCAUAUAAGAUGUGUUGCUAAUUUCGGCUUUGAACAUAUAAUUAUUAUCGGGGAGACAGAGUAUGGAAUGAUCUUUUUAGACUGUUAUGGUCGUGUUUUUUUAUGGGAAAAUGAGAGUCAAACGUUAUGGCCACUUGGUGAUUCUCCCGAAAAAGCAUCGAAACGCAUAGUUAAAGGCGUAGAUCAGUUGAGUUGGUUUGAAGAUAAUGGAACUGUAUAUGAGCAGAUUACGAAAUGGGAAGAUUAUUAUUAA